AAUCUUAAAAUUCGUACACCUUCACCUCUUGUCCAAUUCCUUAACCCCAAAAUUACAAACAUCAUCACCACGAGCAACAUCACUACAAGACUUGCACUUCUCCCUUCAAAUCCUUAAAUUUGUAGACUCAAACACAUACAAUUGCAAAUGUCUUUCUUUUUCACUACCCACCAUCACCAUUUUUCCAUCACUAAGUCAAAUUCUCCACCUUUCUUCUCCAUCUUUAUAAACCCAUCACCGCCAAAUUCAAGAAUUUAACCCAAACACUGAAAAAUAAUGAAUCUUUUUUGGGUUCUUGUUUUUGCUGCCUUCUACUUCCCAAUUUCAAUUGCUACAAUCCCACCAGGCUCUUCACUUUUCGCUUCCAAUCUAAACCAAACAUGGCGAUCUCCCAACUCCACGUUCCACGUGGGUUUUACUCAACUGGGUUCUCUCUAUGUUGCUUCCAUCAAUUACAGUGGCGGAGUUUCUGUCUGGUCAGCUGGUGGCCCAUCAACGCCUGUUGAUGCUAACGGCGCCUUUCACUUCCGUCUUAACGGAACUCUCCAGCUUGUUAAUGGGUCUGGUUCGGUUCUUUGGGACUCGAAUACUUCCCAUCUGGGUGUCAAAUCAGCUUCACUUGAUGAUCUAGGUAAUCUUGUUUUAAUGAAUGGCAGUGGUGGUUCUGUUUGGUCCAGUUUCGAGAAUCCUACUGAUACUAUUGUUUCUAAUCAGAAUUUUACUAAAGAUCAAAUUUUGAAAUCUGGGUUGUUUUCUUUUAAGGUUCUUGAUUCUGGGAAUCUGACUUUGAGAUGGAAUGAUAGUGUAGUUUAUUGGAAUGAAGGUCUUAAUUCUUCUUUUGUUGUUGAUUCUAAUUUGAGUUUUCCUGUGUUGAGUUUGCAGUCCAUUGGGAUUUUAUCUAUUUCUGAUGUUAGUUUAUCUAGUGCUUAUAUUGUUGCUUAUAGUAAUGAUUAUGCUGAAGUUGGUGAUAUUUUGAGGUUUCUCAAGUUAGAUAGUGAUGGUAAUUUAAGGAUUUAUAGUUCUGCUUUAGGUAGUGGUACUACUACUAUGAGAUGGUCUGCUUUAGCUGAUCAAUGUCAGGUUUUCGGAUACUGUGGAAAUAUGGGGAUUUGUAGUUAUAUUAAUUCCAGUUCUAGUCCGAUUUGCGGCUGCCCUUCCCAGAAUUUUGAGUUUGUUGAUGCGAAUGAUAGACGGAAAGGAUGUAAAAGAAAGGUAGAGAUUCAAAAUUGUCCCGGGAGUGCUACUAUGUUACAAUUGGAUAAUGCCGAGUUUUUGACUUACCAACCUGAGUUAGCUUCUCAGGUUUUCUUCGUGGGGAUAUCGGCUUGUAGGUUGAAUUGUCUUGUGAGCAGUUCUUGUGUUGCUUCCACGUCUUUGUCCGAUGGAACUGGGUUGUGUUAUUUGAAAACGCCGAACUUUGUUAGCGGGUAUCAGAAUCCUGCUCUUCCUAGUACUUCAUAUGUGAAGGUUUGUGGUCCUGUGCAACCAAACCCUUCAGCGGAAUUGCAGAUUGCCGGGAAUAGCAAACGUAGUCUGCGUGUGUGGGUUAUUUGUGUUGUUGUUCUGGCUACCGUCAUCUUUUUGAUUGCUAUAGAGGGUGGUUUGUGGUGGUGGUGUUGUAGACAUAGUCCCACGCUUGGUAGUUUGUCAGCUCAGUAUGCACUUCUUGAGUACGCAUCUGGUGCACCUGUGCAGUUCUCAUACCGGGACCUGGACCACACGACAAAGGGGUUUAAGGAGAAGCUUGGAGAAGGUGGAUUCGGAGCUGUUUAUAAAGGGGUUCUUGCUAAUAGAACAGUGGUUGCAGUAAAACGACUCGAGGGGAUUGACCAGGGUGAGAAACAGUUCAGGAUGGAGGUGGCGACUAUAAGUAGCACUCACCAUUUGAAUUUGGUAAGAUUGAUUGGAUAUUGUUCAGAGGGGCGGCAUAGGCUUUUGGUGUAUGAGUUCAUGAAAAAUGGGUCACUCGAUAAUUUCCUUUUCACGACAGAUGAAAAGUCGGGGAAACUAUUGAACUGGGAGCGUAGAUUUAACAUUUCACUUGGAACCGCAAGAGGAAUCACUUAUCUUCACGAAGAAUGUCGAGAUUGCAUAGUUCAUUGCGAUAUCAAGCCAGAAAACAUUCUCUUGGAUGAGAAUUACAACGCAAAGGUGUCCGAUUUUGGUCUUGCAAAGCUCAUAAACUCGAAAGAUCACAGGUACAGAACUCUAAAAAGCGUCAGAGGGACAAGAGGGUAUUUGGCACCUGAGUGGCUUGCAAAUCUUCCAAUAACUUCAAAAUCAGAUGUUUACAGUUACGGAAUGGUUUUGUUGGAGAUAGUGAGUGGAAGAAGAAAUUUCGAUGUCUCCGAAGAAACAAAUAGAAAAAGGUUCUCGGUGUGGGCCUUUGAAGAGUUUGAGAAGGAUAAUGUGAGUGGAAUUGUGGACAAAAGGCUCACAGAAGAUGUUGAUAUACAACAAGCAACAAGGGCAAUUCAGGUGAGCUUAUGGUGCAUCCAAGAGCAACCAUCUCUAAGGCCGACGAUGGGAAAAGUGGUGCAGAUGUUAGAAGGAAUCAUAGAUAUCGAGAAACCGCCUGCUCCGAAUAAGUUAAAAACCGAAGGUUCGGGUAACAGUAUGAGCAUUAGCAUGAGCAGCUAUGGAAGUGCUAGUGCACUCUCAACCUUGGCAGACUCUGCGUCAGCGCCGACGCCCUCAUCAUUCUCUUCGUUUCAGACUAUCGGGGUUUCACCUUUGCCUUCCGUGAGGAAUACCGAGAAAACAUCGAUGUCGCUUUUAGGUUCUGAGCCUAACUGAACCUCUAUUUCAGUGUAAAGAAUGUUACUCAAAAGUGUAGUAUAUAGAACGAGACUUUAUGAUCACUAGGUUACUUGAUGUCUAUAUAUUCCAAUUUACUUCACAA